AAAAAAAUUUAGAAUGCAAAUGCCCAAAGUUAGCUGUAACUGGUACGCUUCCCCGCAAGAUUUGUUUCCGUAGAUUCGACAGUUUCACUCCAUCUUUCAAAUUUGCGAUUGAUUUGUUUGUGUUACCCUUAUAAAAACUCCACCAAAUCCGCCGCGUUUAAACUCGUUUCUACAUGUAUUAUCAGAGUGGCCCGAAAAGAUAAGAGAGAAAACAAAGGUUGUACGUGGGAAAUACUGUAAAACGUCUAUUAUUUGUCUCUCUGGGAAGGGGAGUAAGAUCUAGCUGAUGCUCAAAGGUGUUCAUUGUAUCCGUCUGGUAACCUGUGAAAGCUCCAUGAACCACCAACCGGCUCUGGUGAUACUGGGAAAAGAGAAUUUGUCACUACAAAUACUCUCUACCGGGCCAAAUUCUACUCCUCCCACCCUCCAAUUUUGUGCCCACCUCCCUCCCGUGGGGUUCUUCUGUGUCCCCGCCCCUCCCUUGGGUACCCUAGUUGUGGUACGCCUGUAAACAGAUCGGUAUUUAAACCAGUUGCUCCUCUCUUUACGGAUUAACCCCCGCCCUUUCAAUAGCUUAGUAUCGCAGUCAACUACUCUCUCUUCAACAGCAGCCAGGGAGCAGGCAAACCACUCUCCAACAGCCAGCACAAAUAAAUAUUACAUUGAUCGGUGGGUGUAUUGGUAUGUAGGUGAUUUCUGGAAUCGGAUGGGGAAAUUUCAGACGGAAAGGAAAACAGAAGAAGAAGAAAUCAUUCAAUAAUCUUGGAUGGCUUCACUGUCCAACGAAUUCGAUCUGGAUUCCUUUCUGGAAUUGCAAAGCAGCGACGAUGAUGACAAUGACCUUCCUGCACUCGAUCGCAGCCUCGAAGAAAUCUUGAAGGACUCUGAUGACGAGUCUUCUUCAGAUGCCUCUGAGAAUGCUUCAAACCCUAGCUCUUAUUUGUUUAGAAACCCUAAUUUUAUGCAGAAAACCGAUGAAAAUAACACAGGCCGGGCAGAAAAAGACGUGGAGAAAACAGAGGGCGCUGAAGUUUGUUCUUCCGCAGGCAGAGAUAAAAUUGGACAUGAAUCAGGUACUUCUAAUGACUCUAACUUAAAUUCGGACUAUGAGUAUGGCAAGCUCCUAGAGAACAAGGACCAGCAAACAAAAAUUUCUGAUCAAGGGCAAUCUCCGUCUGGGAAACAGACGGAGUUGAAACUGAACAUGAACAUGAAGAAGUCGACGUUUUCGGAUUUUUCCGGCAGGUCUCUUCCAUUUGCUGCUUCUAUGCCAUCUUCUUUGCUUUUAGCUCGAUCCCCUUCAUUAACUCCCAUGCUUGGCAGUGUAAGGCCUAGCCCUAGGCCAGGUGAGGCGCUUGCUGCAGCUGCCAAAGCAUCUCGAGCUGUUCCCAGCCCCCAUGCUGCCGUGUUAAAGAAUAAGAUGGCCAAUUCUCUCUCUCUAAAGAGCCUUGACACUUUUGAAUUAUCUAAUACUAGCCAAAAAACGGAAGAAGUAGAAGAUGAAUUAGAAAAGGAGUAUACUACUGGUUCUGAAGGGGAGAUUUCGGAAAGAGUUUUUCAAUUGGAUGAGAGUUCAAGUACUAAUCAAUUACAGCUUGUUAAAUCCGACGAAGAAAUGGAUGAAGUGAUUGCUGUUCUCGAUCAAAAAGAGGGAAAAUUCCAGCCAAGGUCAGAGGAUGAGGAAUUUAUGGUUCAAAAGCAACGUCAUACAAUACAAAAUCAGGGAGAAGAAGUUAUAGAUGAAAAUGUUGAAGAUACAAGUAUAGAACAACGCGAAACAGGGACCGGAGAAGGAGAAGGAGAAGGAGAAGGAGCAGGAGCAGAAGGAGAAGGAAAAGGAGGAGGGGUGCCUGACAACAAAUCACAGGUUCUAUGGAAUGAUAAAGGUGGCAUUAUGUCACAUGAGAAUGAGCAAAGUUCAACAUUGGUAGACACUGAUGUUGAUACUUCUAUAGAAACUAAAAGCACCAAAUCCAGCACAAUUGCCAUGGACGAUGAUCAUAGUGCGAUGCAUGCUGAUUUUCAAGAAAGAAGAAACACUGGUAAGUUUUUUCCAGAUUCAACAGAGAUAAGUAUUGAUGAAAAACAGACAAUGGUGGCUGAGAUAUGCACAGAAAAUAUAAAGUUAAAGGUUGCUGAUGACAUUGUCGAGGAGAAGGCAGGCAAGGUAGAGUCUAACCGUUCUGCAAGAAAGGUGGGAAAAAAGGCCAGUACUUCUCUUAAGCCAUUGGAUUUGGCAGAAGAACUCGAGAAAAGAGAUGCAUCUUCAGGAUUGCAUUGGCAAGUGGGAGCUGCAGCUCAACCUAUGAGACUUGAGGGUAUUCGAAGAGGACCUCCAGCAAUAGGUCAUCUACAGAUUGACUCAACAAACUCUCUUUCACAGGUUCUUGCCUCGCAAAUGUUCAAGCGCGAUCAUGGUUCUCCACAGGCUGUAGCUGUUCAUAUUAAUUAUAUUGCUUUGGGUAUGUCCAAGGGGUCUGUUUUUGUAAAUCCUAGCAAGUAUUCCGCCCAAAGUCCUGACGUUAUUGAUACCAAGGCGUUUAGUUUAAGUUCUCCAAUUGAAAAAUCUCAGGCAGCUGUCACCUCAAUGUGUUUUAAUCAGCAAGGAGACCUCCUCCUAGUAGGCUAUGGCAAUGGUUGUCUCACUCUUUGGGAUUUGCAGAGGCAAACAGCAGCCAAAGUUAUUUCAGGGGAGCACUCUUCACCAAUUGUACACACAUUAUCCCUAGGACAAGAUCCGCAAAAUGCACGGCAAUAUAAAGCUAUCAGUGGUGAUUCUAAAGGAGUUGUUCUUCUGCAUACUUUUGUUGUUUUUCCUUUAUUGCGACGGUUUUCUGUUACAACACAGUGCCUUUUUGAUGGUCAACGCACUGGAACAGUCUUGUCCAUGUCUGCACUUCUGGUCGAUGAAUCUCAAAAUGCUACUUCAAAUGCUGGUCAAGGUGGCCCUUCAAUGUCUUCUAAUAGUCUAGGUAGCAUGAUGGGAGGUGUUGUUGGGGGAGUUGUAGGGGGAGAGACAGGAAAGAAACUUUUCAGUGACGGUACUUUAUCAGAAGAAACUGGAGGUGUAGUUAUAUUUGUCACACAGCAGACAGCUCUGGUGGUACGCUUGACUCCCUCUUUGGAGGUCUAUGCAAAGCUCCCAAGACCUGAUGGCAUCCGUGAGGGUGCCAUGCCUUACACAGCAUGGAGGCGUAUUCCCAGUUAUGGAUCCUCAAGCCAUAAAAGCAAUAGUAACAGUUCGAACAAUGGAAAUACAGAUUCAGAGAGUUCUGGGUUGACAUCAUUGCAAGAAGGUGGAUUAAUAAAGGUUUCCCAUGACACUGAAGACUUGAAUAAUAAGGCAUCUUUGCUUGCAAUUGCAUGGGAUAGAAAGGUCCAAGUGGCUCAGUUAGUGAAGUCAGAGCUACAGGUGCGGAGAGAGUGGAAUCUUGAUAGUGCAGCACUAGGAGUAUCAUGGUUGGAUGAGCAGAUAUUAGUUAUUCUCACUUCAAAAGGUCAGUUGUGUUUGUUUACAAAAGAAGGAAUGGAACUGGACCGAUCUAGGUUACCCAUUGAGGAUGGUGGUCUAGAAUCUGCUCUUAUAUAUCACACAUACUUUGUUAAUUCAUUUGGAAAUCCUGAGAAGUCUUAUCACAACUCUAUGGCUGUCAGAGGAGCAGCCAUAUAUUUAUUGGGACCUUCACAGCUUUUCCGAUCUCGUUUGUUACCUUGGAAGGAACGAAUUCAGGCUCUCCAAGAUGCGGGUGAUUGGAUGGGUGCCCUCCAUUUGGCAAUGGAGCUUUAUGAUGGCAAUGCACAAGGUGUCAUUGGCCUUCCAAAGACACUGGAUGCCAUGCGGGAGGCUAUAAUGCCCUUUCUUCUGCAGCUGCUCUCUGCUUAUGUAGAUGAAGCUUUCUCUUAUAUCUCAUUGGCCUUUAGCAACCAACAUGGAAAAACGGAAUCAGAUAGUGAAGGCAAAAGCCAAAAGGACACUGUACAUGUACAAAUUAAAGAACAGUUUGCACGAGUAGGAGGUGUGGCUAUAGAGUUUUGUGUGCACAUAAAGCAGACUGAUGUGCUGUUCAACAGUGUUUUUUCCAAAUUUGUAGGAGUUCAACAUGGAGGUACAUUUUUAGAACUGUUGGAGCCAUAUAUAUUAAAGGAUAUGCUUGGUGGUCUACCUCCUGAGGUAAUGCAAGCACUAGUGGAACACUAUAGCAGAAAAGGAUGGCUGCAGCGAAUUGAACAAUGUGUUCUGCACAUGGACAUUGCUUCUUUGGAUUUCAAUCAGGUGGCAAGGUUAUGUAGAGAGCAUGGACUUUAUAGUGCAUUGAUAUACCUAUUCAAUAGGGGUUUGGAUGAUUUCAAGGCACCCUUGGAGGAAUUGUUGGCAGUUGCUCAGGACCAGAAAAGACCUCAUGCACAAGCUUUUGGGUACAAAAUGCUGGUUUAUCUAAAGUAUUGCUUCUUGGGCUUGGCAUUCCCUCCUGGGCAUGGUAACCUUCCUCCUGAUCGUCUACCAUCAUUGAGAACUGACUUAAUGCAGUUUCUUUUGGAAAGAACAAGCACUGGGCGAUCACAAUUUAAAAUAAACUCCGAGUUUUCAAGUCGAUCAUAUCCAAACCUUUGUUAUCUCUUGUGGUUGGAUACUGAAGCUACUCUUGAAGUCUUGAAUUGUGCCUUUCUCGAAGAUGAGCACUUGAAAAUGAGAGAGACUGAUCUUUCUUCAUUGAAUUUGUAUGGAGUUAAACCUGAUAAUCAGAAAUUAAAGCCUGCAUUGCACGAGAUUCCAUCAAAUGAAAUGAAAGCUUCUGAUUAUGAAUUUCCUCUAGUUCAAACGUUGAUUGAUGCAUUGACAGAGAUUCUUGAAAUGAGCUUUUCUGGAACUUUGAAGCUUCUUAAUGAAGAAAUACUUGGCAGUAAAGUACAUGAAAAGGCCUGGCCCUCAAGAAAAGAUAUUGGUAGUUUACUGGAGUUCAUUGCAUGCUAUGUUGCAUGCAGACAUGCCACUGUGUCAAGGGUCAUGCUGACUCGCAUCAUUGAAUACUUGGCUUCUAAAAAUGAGUUUUCCAUGGGAGAUACUUUAGAUGAUUCCAAUCAAGAUAUCUCAAGGCGGAGAGAAAAACUAAUGUUUGCACUUUUAAAAGGUGUCCCAGAGUCAGAGUGGGACUCUGAAUAUGCUUUGGAACUUGCUCAGAAUGCUCGGUUCUAUCAGGUAUCAAGCCUUAUAUACAUGCUAAAGGGGCAGUAUAUUCCAGCAUUGGAUAGCUAUAUAAAAGAUGUCGGUGAACCAAUAUAUGCAUUUGCUUUUAUCAGCAAUAUGUUGAGACAGUUGGCAGAUGUUGAUAGCUUGACCUUUACAGAUUUCCGCUCUGCAGUGCAAAGACGUAUCCCAAAACUUAUUCAACUAAGCAGAGAAGCAACCUUUCUCUUGGUAUUGGAACAUUAUUACAAGGAAAGUCAAGAGAUAAUAUCUGAACUCAGUCCGCAUCCAAAUUUACUUUUUUUAUAUUUAAAGACCAUGAUCGAUGUUCAUUCACACGGUGUACCAAAGUACCCUUCAGCACCACUAGAUAACAAUUUGAAUAUCUCUCUUUUUGGGUUGAAAGGAUUGGAUCAGUCCAAGGAACUUAAAGAUUAUCUGGACAGAAUUUCUAAAUUACCAGAAUAUGUCCAGCGUCAUGGCAUUGAAGUAACUGAUGAGAUGGCAGAGCUUUAUCUUGAGUUGCUGUGCCAAUUUGAGCCAAAGUCAGUUCUGAAGUUCCUAGAGAGUUUUGAAAAUUACAGGCUGGAGCACUGCUUGAGAUUGUGCCAAGACUAUGGAGUUACAGAUGCAGCUGCAUUCUUACUGGAACGUGUGGGAGAUGUUGGUAGUGCUCUAUCGCUCACAAUCUCUGAUGUAACUGAGAGAAUACGAGAAAUGGAUAGUGCAGUGGCAAGCAUAUACAAAAAGUCUGUGUCUAGUAUUUCUUCUGAGGAUAAGCAGCUCAAUGUGCUCGUGAUGAUGAUGCCAGAGGUUGGUGCAGUCCAUGCAAUUCUGUUUUCAGCGGUUGGUCUUUGUCAACGUAACACUUUGAGGCUAGAUCCUCAAGAAUCGGAGUCUCUCUGGUUCCGUCUUCUUGAUACGUUUAGUGAACCUUCACGGGAUUUGUACUACCAUGAAAAGUAUUUCAAAGAUGAAAAAGAAAAUUACAAAAAAUCUCAUAAAGAGGAUCUUAAUUUAAAAGUCUCACUGAGAUGGAAGGUCAUAAAUGUGGGUGAUUCUGCAUACCACUUGCGAAGGGUAUUUGCACAUUUCAUAGGAGAAAUUAUUGAAGGGAUGAUGGGUUAUGUGCCCUUGCCAGUUAUCAUGAGCAAGCUUCUAUCAGAUAAUGGAAACCAAGAAUUUGGGGACUUCAAGGCAACCAUUCUGGGACUGUUAGGAACAUACGGAUAUGAACGGACAAUUCUGGACACUGCAAAAAAUCUAUUAGAAGAUGAUGCAUACUAUAAUAUACAUAUGCUCAGGAAGGGUGCAUCACAUGCAUAUGCACCGGCAAGCUCCUGCUGCUGUAUUUGUGGUCGGACAUUGGAUAGAGAGUCUUUUGGCUCAAGCAUUUAUAUUUUUCAUUGUGGUCAUGUGGCCCAUUUCCAAUGUGAAACUCAGGAUUCAGUAGCAAUUACAAAGGAUUCUAUGGGAGGAUGUCCUAUUUGUUUGCCAAAGAAAAGAUCGUCUUCAGUUAGAAAGAAGAUGAUUGAAGCACAGAAAGAAAUUAUAGAAGAAGCUAGUAACGGUGUACAAGGCCAAGCUUCUAGUUCCAAAUCUUUAUAUGAAAAUGCACUGACAGAAAGGCCCUAUGGGCUUCAUCCCCAAUCACGGUUUGAGCUGUUGAACAAUCUACAAAAAGGCCAAAAUUCACUUGAUUUAGGUCUGCUACCCAAUUUGAGGUUAGCACCACCUUUAGUGUAUCAUGAUCGCAAGGCUCACAGCACCAGCCCAGCUAGCAAAGAGGAGGCCAGCAAUGAAAAACUGAAGAAUGUACACCUUAUAAGAGCACAAAGAACAAAAAGUUCUUCACCAUUCCAAUUUCCUUUGAAAUCAAGCAUUUUUGGUAAUGAUAAAAACAGGAAGCAUUAACAUGCAUACUUUAAUGUUAAUGGAUAACUCAAUGCAGUUGGAGCUAAGUUGCAGAGAACUGUACAUGGACAUAACCUGUUGCACAAAACUAAAACACUUUUUAUUCUUUCUAUCUACAAAUUCUCAAGGCAAUUUAGUUUUUCGGGCAUCAAUGGAUGUUGUGGGCAGGCGCUUGAGCAUAAAGCCCUUGUAAACCAUUUUCCAUUGAUACAUUAGCAGAGGCAAUGUGUAUUUCUAUGAGUAGAUAUCAUGUUCAUUUCUACCUUUGAAAUUCUUAUAACCUAGUUUCAAUAACUCAAAGUGAGGACCAAAUUAGCUCCAUGUGGUUUUAAGUUUUCUUGGCCUAAGAGAGGUGUGUUCUUUGAAAAGGCAUCAGGUCUCAGGUUUCCUUUUUCUUGGCUAGACAGGCUUGUCUCUUUUUGAGGUGAAAAAAUUGAGUUUGUUGGGAAUAAGCAUGACAAACACGUGCUAAACAUUCUGUACAUACCUGAAGUGAAAUAUGAAUACACCUUCAUUAUGUUUACAAAGUGGUCCA